AGUAUCUAAACAGCGGGCUUGCUGUGAGCUGCUCUUCCCAUGGCUCCUGCAGUCUUGCCUGCCCUCCUUCCUGUGUGUGCCUGUCUGCUGCUGGCCUCAGGCUCUGCCCAGGCAGGCAAGCUGCUGGUGGUGCCCAUGGACGGCAGCCACUGGUUGUCCAUGCGCUCUGUGGUGGAGAAACUCUUCCAGAGAGGGCAUGAGGUGGUGGUGGUCGUGCCAGAGGUGAGUUGGCAGCUGGGACGUUCACUGAACUUCACAGUGAAGAUGUACUCAACCUCUCACACGCUGCAGGAUUUGGACCGGGAGUUCAAGGUUUUUCUUGACACCCAGUGGGAAACUCCAGAACAACUGUUUUCUGCACUAACUGGCUCAGCCAAGGGAUUUUAUGACAUCAUGUUUUCACAUUGUAGGAGUCUGUUUAAUGACAAGAAAGUAGUAGAAUUCCUAAAGAGAGAGAGAGUGUGGAACCACAUCUCCCACUUGGAUGGACUUUUAUUUUGUACCUACUUUUUCAAAAGAGCCACUGAUGCAGCCUCUGAAAUUCUUCAGACCCCUGUCACCAUGUAUGACCUCUUCAGCCAUGUGUUCAUUUGGUUGUUGAGAUCUGUCUUUGUCUUGGAGUCUCCCAGUUCUGUGAUGCCCAACAUGGUCUACGUUGGUGGAAUGAACUGCCACUGGGGAAAUCUACUACCCAAGCUAAGACUUCCCUCUUUGGCAUCACUCAGUGACCUGGGCUUGGACAGCAAUGCAACAGAUGUUCCCAGUGUGCUUCCUAUGUUCAGGCCUAAUGUGUGCUCAGUGAAAGGAGGAGAAAAUUGUGAAGCAGUCACAUUCAGGACCACAAGGAAUGCUCAGAAGUGUGGGAGUCAAAUGGAUCAGAGCAAAGUUAAGGAGAGCAUGUGCAAAUCCUCUCAGAUCUCUGGAGUGUCCACCAUGGUGUGCGGUCUUACUCCAUCACCUCACAAGUCUCGGCAAUGGAACAUCAUCCUGCUGGGAACAGACAAGUUAAGCAGCAGAGCCACCUAA